CACGUGACGUGGGGAGAGAUGGGCGGGGCACUGGAAGGCGCUCACGUCGUCGGAGGCGGAGGUGGUGGCGCGCGGCGGAGUCCGCGGCUUCGGGUCGCGCCCCACGUCCCAUCCCCGCCCUCUGCCCUGCUGCCUCGCUGACCACCACCAUCCUCUUCCCUUGGGCACAUCUCGCGGACUGGUCCGGUCCUGUCCGCCACUCGCACGUCAGUGUGCGAGUGUGCGCAGGCGCGUUGGGGGUGAUUAGCCCCUUUGGGUGGGCGGCAGAGCAAGGGAGCGCGCGGGCGAAACCAUGGCGGGCAGUGGUGCGGGGGUCGGUGGUGUCGGGGAGACCAAGGUGAUUUACCACCUCGAUGAGGAGGAGACUCCCUACCUGGUGAAGAUCCCUGUCCCCGCCGAGCGCAUCACCCUCGGCGAUUUCAAGAGCGUCCUGCAGCGGCCCGCGGGAGCUAAGUACUUUUUCAAGUCUAUGGAUCAGGAUUUCGGGGUGGUGAAGGAAGAAAUUUCUGACGACAAUGCCCGCCUUCCCUGCUUCAAUGGAAGGGUGGUGUCCUGGCUAGUGUCAUCAGAUAACUCGCAGCCUGAGGUGGCCCCCCCAGCCCACGAGCCUGGCACAGAACUGGUGCCUCCGCCCCCACCACUGCCCCCUUUGCCCCCAGAGAGGACCAGUGGCAUUGGGGACUCCAGGCCUCCAUCUUUCCACCCUAACGUCUCCAGCAGCCGUGAAAACCUGGAGCCGGAGACAGAAACAGAAUCAGUUGUGUCACUGAGGCGGGAGCGGCCUCGAAGGAGAGACAGCAGUGAGCAUGGCGGUGGGGGCCACAGGCCCAGCGGCCCCUCAAGGCUGGAGCGCCACCUGGCUGGGUACGAGAGUUCCUCCACUCUGAUGACCAGUGAGCUGGAGAGCACCAGCCUGGGGGACUCUGACGAGGAUGACACCAUGAGCAGGUUCAGCAGCUCCACCGAGCAGAGCAGUGCUUCCCGCCUCCUCAAGCGCCACCGGCGGCGGAGGAAACAGCGGCCGCCCCGUCUGGAGAGGACCUCAUCUUUCAGCAGCGUCACUGACUCCACAAUGUCCCUGAACAUCAUCACAGUCACACUCAACAUGGAAAAGUACAACUUCCUGGGCAUCUCCAUUGUGGGCCAGAGCAAUGAGCGGGGAGAUGGUGGCAUCUACAUUGGCUCCAUCAUGAAGGGCGGGGCCGUGGCAGCCGAUGGGCGCAUCGAACCUGGAGACAUGCUUUUACAGGUGAAUGACAUGAACUUUGAGAACAUGAGCAAUGAUGAUGCUGUGCGGGUACUGAGGGACAUCGUACACAAGCCGGGCCCCAUUGUGCUGACCGUGGCCAAGUGUUGGGAUCCCUCUCCACAGGCCUAUUUCACACUCCCUCGAAACGAGCCUAUCCAGCCAAUUGACCCUGCUGCCUGGGUCUCCCACUCUGCUGCGCUGACUGGCACCUUCCCAGCCUAUCCAGGCUCCUCAUCCAUGAGCACCAUUACGUCUGGAUCCUCUCUGCCUGAUGGCUGUGAAGGCCGGGGUCUCUCCAUCCAUACCGACAUGGCAUCUGUAACCAAGGCCAUGGCAGCCCCAGAGUCAGGGCUGGAAGUUCGGGACCGCAUGUGGCUCAAGAUCACUAUCCCAAAUGCCUUUCUGGGCUCGGACGUGGUUGACUGGCUCUACCAUCAUGUGGAGGGCUUUCCUGAGCGGCGGGAGGCCCGCAAGUAUGCCAGUGGACUGCUCAAGGCGGGCCUCAUCCGGCACACCGUCAACAAGAUCACCUUCUCUGAGCAGUGCUACUAUGUCUUUGGAGACCUCAGUGGUGGCUGUGAGAGUUACCUAGUGAAUUUGUCCUUGAAUGAUAACGAUGGUUCCAGCGGGGCAUCGGACCAAGACACCCUGGCUCCUCUGCCUGGGGCUACCCCGUGGCCCCUGCUGCCCACCUUCUCCUACCAGUACCCAGCCCCUCACCCAUACAGCCCUCAGCCCCCACCCUACCAUGAGCUUUCGUCCUACACCUAUGGUGGAGGCAGUGCCAGCAGCCAGCACAGUGAGGGGAGCCGGAGCAGUGGGUCAACACGAAGCGAUGGGGGGGCAGGGCGCACAGGGAGGCCUGAGGAGCGGGCCCCCGAGUCCAAAUCCGGCAGCGGCAGUGAGUCUGAGCCCUCCAGCCGGGGGAGCAGCCUUCGACGGGGCGGGGAACCUGGCGGGGCUGGUGAUGGGGGUCCUCCCCCGUCCAGGGGCUCGUCAGGGGGUGCCCCCAAUCUUCGAGCUCACCCAGGUCUCCAUCCCUAUGGACCACCCCCAGGCAUGGCCCUCCCCUAUAAUCCCAUGAUGGUGGUCAUGAUGCCUCCCCCCCCACCCCCUGUCCCCCCAGCAGUGCAGCCCCCAGGGGCACCUCCUAUCAGAGAUUUGGGCUCUGUGCCCCCUGAGCUGACAGCCAGCCGCCAAAGCUUCCACAUGGCCAUGGGCAACCCGAGUGAGUUCUUUGUGGAUGUGAUGUAGACCCUCCAGUGGGGCCUCCAGUCUCCACUUGGUGCUCCUGCUGUGAUUGGUGUUCUGUCAAUCACUUGCUCACAAAGCCUCCAGUGGCCCUGGCUCAGCCUGGUGGCUGCUGCCUGCUGUGAGGCUGUUGCCACUGUGACUUUUACCAGCAGUGCCUGGUUCCUCCCUCGAGUUGGGGGUGUACAAGGGACCUUUGGUUAUUUUUAGCUUUAUUACUUUUUUUAAUAAGCUUUUUUGAAGAUGAAAAUAGACUUUCUUACACUUUUUGGAGUAUUUUUUAUAGACAUUUUCUCUUUUAUAUGAAGAAUCUCCCUGUCUCUUGAGCCCCUCUUCUAACCCUGAAAUGUGACCUCCUAUUCCAGUCACCCAGUCAGCUCUGCUUUGUGUGGGGCCGUGGGUGGUCAGUGGUACCCUGGGAGGAGGAAGGGGGCUGGUCACCCCAGACAGCGGUCGAAGGAAGCUGGGGUAUUUGGUAUUUGGGGCUCACGUAGCUGCCUUUGUUACUCUAUUUAUUUUAGUCACUUGUAUAAAACACCAAAUAAAGCAAUAGAGGCAAACU